CUUUUUUGUGGUCAGCGCCGCCCGUCUGAUUUUUGCUCUUCUAUUUGCUCCCUAGGAUUGGCUCCUUGUGAAAGCCGUCCUGUGAUCCCCCGCCUUCUUGUCCUGUCCACCCUUCUUCUCCUCUCCAGCACAGACCCCCUUCUACUCUGUACACACCCCUUUUUGUAUUGUUAUCUUAUCUAUAUUUGUACACAUGUCGGACGUAGCUGCUGCACACGAGAGCGGGCUGGUACUGCAGCACGACGCACGGGCAGGGAACGCCGGGCUCCAGAAACCUGGAAGCUGUGGCUGCUAAUGGACCAGGCACCGUCGUCGGAAAACACUAGAUAUGCUGUCAUGACCGGCGCAAUUGGCGGAAUUGCAGGCUGCACAGCCAAAACGGUGGUGGCGCCAUUGGACCGGGUCAAGAUUUUGUUCCAAACACACCACGUAAAGUACACACCGGCCGGGGCAUCGAUCUACCGCGAGUACGGCGGUCAUUCGAUGCAGCUGGCGAGGAUAUUCCCGUACGCAGCGGUCAAGUUCAUGACAUAUGAGCAGCUGAAGCGGCAGCUUGGGCGGCAUUUCAGCGAUGCCCACUUGAGGAACUUUCUGGCAGGCUCGCUCUGCGGCGUCAUCUCGGUCGCGGUCUCGUACCCGCUGGAUAUGAUCCGGGUGCGGAUGGCGUAUAUAACACCAGACGGCAGGCGGCAGCGGCAGAGCGUCAUGCAGAGAAGGCGUACAGGUUUCGGGCUGUUCAACUUUUUCCGCGGGUUCCCUCUGUCGCUGAUGGGGAUCGUGCCGUAUGGCGGCGUGUCGUUCCUGAUGCACGAGUAUUUCAUGGAGUUGGCACGCACGCGGCGGAAGGUCAAGGAGCUGAAGAACUGGGCGGAGCUGACAGCUGGCGGCCUGUCGGGCGUCUUUGCGCAGACCGCAAGCUACCCGUUCGAGCUGGUGCGUCGGAAGAUGCAGAUUGCUGGCGCCCACGAUCCGAACCGCCGGGCGAGCGCAGUCACAAUCGCGGGCGAUGUCUGGCGCAAGUCUGGAGUGCGCGGGUUCUUUGUCGGGCUGACCAUUGGCUAUGUCAAGGUUGUGCCGAUGUUUGCUGUCUCGUUCUUUACGUACGAGAAGCUCAAGGCUAUCUUCGAUCUAGAAUAA